AUGCAAUUUGAUGGAAGUCAAUGUGAGCCAAUGACCUGGGAAGAUUGGAAGCUUCAAGCUCUUCCAGCAGUGGCAGCAGCGCAGGCAGAGUUGUGUCUUUUUUUGUGCCGUUGGAACGAUUCAAAGUGCGUGGAAGUUGAAACUGGGAAAGGAUCCGGCUCCCUGUUUGGCACUGGUUCGAGUGCAUCGCUGUUUGGUUCGGAUGCGGCAGCUUCUUCCAGUUCCCAAAACACUGCAGGUAGCUCACUCUUUGGUGCUGGCUCUUCAUCUUUGUUUGGAAUUGGCCCAGCGGGAGAAACAGCAACGGCAUCUGCAGGACAGCCGAUGGACUCACAUGAGAUCAAGGAGGCGUACAGGGAGAGGAUGGUGAAGAUCUACGAGAAGCACAAUCCCUCCAAAGUGGCGGAGAUUGAUAGCUUGAUGGCUAAAUACGUGGGCCAAGAGCACACCAUGUAUUUGAAGAUCUGCAAGAAGUACAGCGUGACGCCGGAGCCGGAAAUCAAAGCUCGCUGUUUGGCGGCACAGGUGAAACUUCUGCAGGCACCCCAGGCUUCAACCGACGGUGACCAAGCAGGGCAUGUGCGGCACGUGAGCAUUGCAACGCCUUUGGCAAUGCCACCUUUACCAUUUGAAUUGCUGCCUAUUUUCAAAGACGUUGGAGGCAUCCCGUCAGAGACUGCAAAGCCCAGUCCAGAGGAGCCAAAGGAAGCAAAAUCCACACCCUCAACUGGUGCGCCCUUGGAUUUUUCUGUUGCACCGGGCAAAGCAGAAUCGAAGGAUGCCAAAGCCAAGAAGGAGGCGACUGGUGUUGAUCAGAUUUUGGAUGAGCUGAAGAAGUCCAGCAAUCGAAGUAAAGUGCUGGAGGAGCUGCUUCCUGGCUUCGAAGCUUUGGAGAAAGAGUUGAAGGAGGUCGAAGGUUUGGAGAUCAUCACACCGCCAAAGCACGCAGAGUGGGGCUCCAUUACAAAAGCCUGCAAAGAUCUUGAAGACGAUCAUGCGCAAGUCAGGAAGAAUUUGAAACAGAUGAAUGAACUUGAUCGGCCAAAGAUUUUCGCGGACCUCAUCAGCCUGCAGACAGAAACCCUGCAGAAACACACCUCUUGCGUGACUGAGCAGCUGCCAGUGGGGCUCUCAGAGUUGUGGAAAGAUGUGGAAAGCGUGGCCAAUGGAGAACUUGGCGGCAAAGGUUGGCGAAGAUGCACCGUGGAGGCUGAGCUGUCGUUUCUGGAGCAGGAAAUCUUGGAAAAGUUCCGCAACCAGGUGGAUUGGGAAAGCUUGGCACAACUUGGCCGAAAGGAGGUCAUCUCCCCUACUCCUUUAGUGGAAGCUGCUUUGGAGAAGAUUCCAGGAUACACUGGGAAAUAUGUCCACUUUGUCCCUCGAGACGGUCAGAUGGCGCCUCCUCCGAGCUGCAGCCGCUGGCUGCUGACGGCUGGGAGACCACGGAAUCCGCUGCGGAACCGGCGGACGACGUCGAAGGCCCUGAAGGAUGCAGUUGCGGAGGCCAGAGAUUGGCUGCUCCACAAAGCGAGAAGAUACAACGAUGGACUUGCAGCUUGCGAUGAAGGAGCGGUGACCGAGACGGUGACCGUGGUUGGUUCCUUCAGCAGCAGGCCCGUCAUCUUGUGGCGAUUGGAAAGGAAUGAGCGCGCUGCGGACAUUGAUGCACGGUUGCGUGCAGUGCAGGAUCUGAAUCCAGAGCCGAGGCAGAACACUCUGAAUCGUGGUCUGGCUGCGGUGAAUGCUGCGGCUGCCUUCAACUUCCAGGAGCCUUUGCAAAAGCUGCGCUCAGCAGUUUUCCAGGAGCUUUGCGCCGUACCACGGCGGAAAACCAAGCGUGGAGACCACCUGGCUUUGGACAGGGAUGCCCUGGAGAAUGGUGAGAUCCGACCGCCCUCGGAGAUCGAUACACCAACCUUCGGCAAUCGUAGUGCCUUUGGGACUGUGCAAUCUUCAGCUUCAGUUGACAGCCUGUUGGAUGCUGCAGCCGGAAGUGGAGAGGACGAGCGGCUGUUGAUGCCCCCUCCGUCCAUUGUGCCCGACAAGAAAAAAGCUGGUGAGCCUGGCCUCGGCCUGGGCGGCCUGGGCAGUGGCCUUGGUGGCCUUGGUGCCCUGAGCCUUGGUGGGUCGCUGUCCGGGGGAAGCAUUGGGGCAAGCGAAAGCCUUUUCGGAGGAUCCAGCCUGUUUGGUCCAACUGCAUCCGACGCGAGCAGCAAACCAGGAACUGAUGCCGCUGCAAGUUGUUCCAGUGUCUCUGCUCCCUCUACAGCCGUUGCUGAUGUGAGAGAGGCUUAUCGAGAACGAAUUGUGAAGAUCUACGAGCAACACAAUCCCAGCAAGGUGAAUGAGAUUGACACCCUGAUGGGCAAGUACGUUGGCAAAAAGUACAAUGUGCCAGCAGAGCCAGAGAUCAAAUCAGCGAGCACACCUCCAGUUGCAGAACAGAGCAGUGGAGGUUUGUUCGGAGCUGGAUCUGGUGGAUCGUUGUUCAGCACCUCAGGCGGGCUCUUUGGUACAACCAGCAGUAGCAGUGGCAGUGGUAGCAGCAGUGCAAGCAGCUCAUCACCAGCAUCACUUUUUGGAAGCGCUGGAAGUGCACUUUUUGGAAGCGCUGGAAGUGGAGGAGGCCUCUUUGGAGCGACACCACCGGCAACAUGCGGAACAGUAGAUGUCAAGCAAGCUUACAAAGAUCGCAUGAUCAAGAUCUACCAGCAGCACAAUCCUGGAAAAGUGAGUGAGAUUGACACCCUGAUGGCCAAGUAUGUUGGUCAGGAGCACACCAUGUACUUGAAGAUUUGUACAAAGUACAAAGUGCAGCCGGAACCCGAGAUCAAAGCCGAUGGAGCUACCCCAGCUACCCCAGCUACCCCAGCUGUAGCUGCAGCAAGCAGUGGUGGCCUCUUUGGCACCAGCAGUUCCUUCGGCGCAAGCGGUGCCAGUGGCGGCUUGUUUGGAGCCAGUGCUGCAGGUGGGCUGUUUGGUGGAAGCAGCCCCUCCUCAGGGAGCUUUGGUGGAGCUUCAAGCAGCAGCUUCGGAGGUGGCCUCUUUGGAUCAGCUCCUGCAACAGCACCGGCUGGAGCCAUCGAUGUGAAGCAGGCAUACAAAGAACGCAUGAUCAAAAUUUACCAGCAGCACAAUCCGGGCAAAGUGAAUGAAAUCGACAGCUUGAUGGCAAAGUAUGUCGGCCAAGAGCACACGAUGUAUCUGAAGAUUUGCAAGAAGUACAACGUGCAGCCCGAGCCGGAAAUCAGCGCUGGAGGAGGCCUUGCCCAGCCCCAAGCGCCGCAAGGGCCGCAAGCGCCUUCCGCCUUCGGCGGCGGCGUCAGCUCUGGUGGCCUUGGCUUCGGAUCGCCCAGCGGCGGUUUGUUUGGAGCUUCCAGCGCCGGCGCCAUGGGAGUGGCGCAAGCAACGCCCUUCGGUGGUGCCACAGGGUUUGGGGCACCGGCCUCUUCAUCUUCGCCAUUUGGUGGUGCCAUGUCAUCCUCAUCCAUGUCGGCGUCGCCAUUUGGAGGUGCAGGCUUUGGAGCCCCUGCAUCCGGAGGGCUUUUUGGCUCAGCCAUGGGAGGAGCUAGUGCCGGUGGCUUUGGUGCGCCUGCAGCUCCUGCUGGUGGUCUGGAUGUCAAACAGGCAUACAAAGACCGCAUGCUGAAGAUCUACAUGCAACACAAUCCCAGCAAAGUGAACGAAAUCGACAGCUUGAUGGCAAAGUAUGUCGGUCAGGAGCACACCAUGUACUUGAAGAUCUGCAACAAGUACAAGGUUCAGCCUGAACCUGAGAUCAAAGCUGGUGGUCAAGGUGGCCUCUUUGGUUCCCCUCCAGGAUCCUUUGGGGGCUCCAUGCCUGGCAAUGGCGGCUUGGGAGGAGGAAUGAUGGGUCAACCCAUGGGUCAACCCAUGGGUCAACCCAUGGGUCAGCUGAUGGGUCAGCCCAUGGGUCAGCCCAUGGGUCAGCCCACGGGUCAGCCCAUGGGUCAGCCAAUGGGUCAGCCAAUGGGUCAGCCAAUGGGUCAGCCAAUGGGUCAGCCAAUGGGUCAGCCAGCGUUUGGUGCGCCUAGUGCCUUAGGCGGUCCUUUUGGAGGAACCCCUCCUUCCCCCUUUGGUGGCACCACGGCAUCUCCCUUUGGUGGAACAGGCAUGGGUGGCGGCGGAGGCAUGGGCGGCUUUGGAGCCCUAGCGCAACAAACUGGCUCGGCCUUUGGAGGUGGAGCCACAGCGUCGCCGUUCGCAACGGCAGGGAUGGCAGCAGGGGCAUCUCCCAGUCCCUUCGGUGGGCAAGCACCAUCUCCAUUUGGAGGAGGAGCUGCACCUUCUCCGACUCCAUUCGGCGCCUCACCCUUUGGUAGGGUGGAACCGGUGCGUCUCCCUUUGGCGGCGGCGCGCCCUCGCCUUUCGCAGGCGGAAAUCGCGCCAUUCUCGGUUGAGACACCUGGUGGUGGUGGUGAUGAACCACUCACCCCAAACUUUGCAGGCACAGCGGGCACUGUGGGGCGAGGAAACCCAAUGAAAGGCCAAGCAUUAUGGAUGAUGAUGUGUGUGCUUGGUCUUGGCCUCAUCGCUGUUGGGAUCUUGAAACUCCUGGUGAAGUCAGCUUCUUCCAAAAGCCAUUGGAGACGCACGGAAGCCCCUGGGCUGGAUCUGGCCAAGUCCGAUGACCUUUGGGCUAUCCACGACCUGCUUUUGGCGGGCUACGCGGGCAUCUUCAUGAAGUCGGACAGUGCUGGACUGCUGGAGGUUCAGAUAGCAUCGAAGAAGCUGGCGGCGCUCCUUCCUGCAAUCCACCCACUAGAGCGUUGCCGGGAACGGUUUGCACAGAUUUUGGGUGGCACUGCUGGAUCUCCCGUCCUCACAGAGGUCACAAACGACAUGCACAUCAAUGUUGCCGGGGAAGCCUGGCACUGUCUGGCCUUAGUGGAAGAGGACUUCAAAAAUCCGUUCCUUCCGAAUGCGAUAGGCAACUUUGAGGCCUACAAAGCUGCCAAGAUGACGGUCCCCAAAAGGACCUUGAAUGGACUUUGUGGUCAAUCAGCUUGGCCAAGAACCUGCUCAUAUUGGGUCUCCAUGCAUUUACUUGCUGCGAGGGCCGAUCUGCUGCUGCUGGGGCACCAACUGCUGGAUGCGCUUAUACCGAUUCUUGCCGGUGGAGCCACCUUUUGCGGCGGCUGCACCAAGCAUUUUCGUGCUCUCACCAAGCUGCUUGGCGACAUUGCCCACUGCCUGCUAGACGUGCUGGCUUUUGGACUCGAGGCCAAUGUUGAGUCCGGCAUUGGGGUCUUGCUGAAAACAGCGGCUGCUACCGCGUCCCUGAAAGCUGCAUUGCAGGAUCCGCUGCAGUGUGAUGAAACUGAUUUGCUUGAGGAGAUUGGAGACAUACUGAACUUCCGGAAGCUGCUAAAGAGCUUGCCACUACCGCCAGCGGCCAAUGCUACUGGAUUGCAAGCCAAAUCUCUUUCCUUCACCGUCCUUGGAGUCCUGCACAAUUUGGUGACCUACACGGUUUCCGAAGACUAUACGAAGCCGGGACGUAGGGCUUUCUUUUGUGUAGUGCAAGCGCAAAUGGAAGCCACGGCCUUCUGGUCACUUCUGGAUGAUCCUACUGCAAAGGCAAUCUCUCAGUUGGGCGUUGUCGACUAUGGCGUUGAUGGGCUUCCAGGUUUGGCGACGUCGAAAGAACCGCAUUGUCCGGAACUGGUCUAGCCUCAAGUGAUGGCUAUUGAUGGCUACUUGUAGUGUAUGUAUCCAGGUCUCACUCUCUCAUCUCUCAUUGUUUGAUUUGAUUAGCUAAAGGAGUGGAGCACUUCUUUAUGGCAUCAGAAGGUGCUCAUGCACGGGACUGCGAAUGAAGGACACGCCCAAAGAUGCUUCCAUGAGGCAGCG